CCAAUCUCAUCAAACAAGAGAAAAAAUCAACAUGGCCUCUGACAAUCUUUUAGUGCUCAAUGCUCUUGACACAGCACGUACCCAAUGGUACCAUGUCACUGCCGUUAUCAUUGCUGGAAUGGGAUUUUUCACUGAUGCUUACGAUCUCUUCUGCAUCUCCACUGUCUCUAAACUCUUAGGCCGCCUCUAUUACUAUGAUCCUGCCACGAAAGCCCCGGGCAAAUUGCCUCACAUGGCUAACAAUUGGGUGAUUGGAGUUGCUUUAGUUGGUACUCUAUCUGGCCAACUCGUAUUCGGCUGGUUAGGAGACAAACUUGGUAGGAAAAAAGUCUAUGGACUCACUUUAAUUCUCAUGGUCGUUUGUGCACUUUGUUCCGGCUUGUCCUUUGGCUAUAGUGCAAAAUCUGUAAUAGGGACGCUCUGUUUCUUCAGAUUCUGGCUUGGAUUUGGAAUUGGAGGAGAUUAUCCUCUUUCUGCUACAAUCAUGUCUGAAUAUGCUAACAAGUCAACUCGUGGGGCGUUUAUUGCUGCGGUGUUUGCUAUGCAAGGAGUUGGGAUCAUCUUCGCGGGGCUCGUUUCAAUGAUUAUCUCCAAUGUGUUUUUAAUCAAGUACGGAGGUACACCAUUUGAUCAGGAUGAAAUUUUGUCCACGGAGCCUGAGGCCGAUUAUGUUUGGCGGAUCGUGUUGAUGGUCGGGGCUCUUCCAGCACUUGUUACCUAUUAUUGGAGAAUGAAGAUGCCUGAAACAGGGCGUUACACUGCUAUUAUUGAGGGAAAUGCUAAACAAGCAGCGAUUAACAUGGGGAAGGUUCUUGAUAUAGAAAUCCAAGAAGAAGGUGACAAAUUGGCCCAAUUCAAGGCAGCUAAUGAAUAUCCUUUGCUCUCCAGUGAGUUCUUCCAGCGCCACGGGCUUCACUUAAUAGGUACAAUGACAACUUGGUUCUUGUUGGACAUAGCUUUCUAUAGCCAAAACCUCACUCAAAAGGACAUAUUUCCAGUCAUGGGACUCACUAGCAAAGCCCAAAACAUUUCAGCUUUGAGGGAGAUGUUUGAGACAUCGCGUGCCAUGUUCGUGAUUGCCUUGCUUGGUACUUUCCCUGGUUACUGGUUCACAGUGUUCUUCAUCGAAAAAAUUGGCAGGUUUAGGAUACAAUUGAUGGGGUUCUUCAUGAUGACAGUUUUCAUGGCGAUCAUUGGAGUCAAAUAUGAUUACCUAAAGACUAAGGAGCACAAAUGGACAUUCGCAACUCUUUAUGGCUUAACUUUCUUCUUUGCCAACUUUGGACCCAAUUCGACAACAUUUGUGCUCCCCGCGGAGCUCUUUCCGACAAGAGUGAGAUCCACUUGCCACGCACUGAGCGCCGCAUCUGGAAAGGCCGGGGCGAUGAUCAGUGCAUUUGGGAUACAACAAUACACGCAAGAUGGAAAUGUUCAUAAAAUCAAGAAAGCCAUGAUGCUGUUGGCUGUCACAAAUAUGCUUGGAUUCGCUUUCACUUUCUUGGUGACUGAGACAAAAGGCAGGUCACUGGAAGAAAUUUCAGGGGAGGAUGGCAGGCAGAAUGAGACACAGAUGAAGACUAGUAAGCCUGUUUCUGGCCACCAGGAUGAUGGAUGGGAAUGA